CGCCGAGUUUGACGUCAGAGUCCAGUGAGGAGUUCAGCGUCACAAGGGUGCCUUGCCCGGCUUACAGUAACCUCGAGAAGGGCAUAAAUAUGCGCCGUCGCUUUUUCCAUUGGUGAAGAGAAGUCGCCAUUUUAAUGUUAGAGGAAGGCCGAUUUCCGUCGGACGUCUUGAAGUAUUUCUAGCUAGUGACCCGCUUUGCUCGCUAGUUACUGUAAUCCUCACCGAGUUCUCAGUGUCAAGACUCCACAUGGCGUUAAUCCUGUUUACCAGGUCUCGGGCACCUUUAAUCAAAACCUCCCGAUCAUUGAAGAACGAUAUCAGGAAGGUGAAAGAGAAACUUAAAGAUGGCAGCUCCUUUACCUGCACAGAACUGAAGCACACAAGUCAAAUUGUUGAUGGUCUCAGACUCGGUGGCUUCACCCCGGUCUCCUCAUUUGGUCCUUCGUUCCGCUGGUCAGAUGAUUAUGUGGGUUCCACCCAGAACCCGGAUUCAAAGUGGCACCAAUGCACUUUCACGUUUCGAGGCUCGCCUUCAAACCCCGCUGUCUCAGCCGGGCUUCAGUGGAGAAAUGGACGGCAUCAGGACUUGGCGAGCGUCCGAUGGAUUCACACCUCAUGUAGACGCCUGGACGAUUCCAAAGUGGAGAAGUCGUUGCGUUCAUUAAAGGAUAAGAAGAAGAAGCUGGAGGAAGGGGGCCCGGUGUACAGUCCAACUUUAGAUGCCGAGCCUGUAAGACGGACAAUCCGGCAGCGCGUGGUGGAUGAGGUCAAACACUAUUAUCACGGCUUCAAGCUGCUGUGGAUUGACACCAUCAUCGCUGGGCGGCUGCUGUGGAGAGUCCUCAACGGUCAUGCUUUAUCUCGACGCGAGAGGAGACAGUUCCUCAGAACAUGUGCGGAUGUCUUCAGACUUCUGCCUUUCCUGGUGUUCAUCAUUGUCCCUUUCAUGGAGUUCCUGCUUCCAGUGGCACUGAAGCUUUUCCCAAACAUGCUGCCAUCCACCUUUGAGACGCAGUCGAAGAAGGAGGAGAGGUUGAAAAAGGAGCUGAGGGUCAAACUGGAGAUGGCCAAAUUCUUGCAAGACACAAUUGAGGAGAUUGCACUGAGAAAUAAAGUUCCUCAGGGAGACGCUACUGAGGAGUUUUCUACUUUCUUCCAGAAGAUCAGAGAUUCUGGCGAGCGGCCCAGCAAUGAGGAGAUUAUCCGCUUCUCCAAACUGUUUGAGGAUGAGCUGACUCUGGACAACCUGACACGACCUCAGCUGGUGGCGCUGUGCCGUCUUCUGGAACUCCAGUCCAUUGGCACCAACAACUUCCUCCGUUUCCAGCUGAUCAUGAAGCUGAGGGCCAUCCGUGCCGAUGACAAGCUCAUCGCAGAGGAAGGUGUCGAGAGUCUCAAUGUAAACGAGGUGCAGGCUGCAUGUCGCGUCAGAGGGAUGAGGUCUCUUGGUGUCACCGAGGACAGACUGAGGGAGCAACUCGGCCAGUGGCUGGAGCUGCAUCUCACCCAGCAGAUCCCCACGUCGCUGCUUCUGUUGUCCCGUGCCAUGUACCUGCCGGACACGCUGUCCCCGGCCGAUCAGCUGAAGAACACCCUGCAGAACCUACCUGAGAUGGUGACAAAGGAGGCCCAGUUAAUGGCGGCAGAAAUGGAGCUCUCAAAAGUGGACAACAAGACCAAACUGGAGACCACUCUGCAGGAGGAGGCGGCCAUACGCCAGGACAACAAGGAGAGGGAGAUGGAAAGGAUUGCAGAUGCUGCUGAGAAAGCUGCCAGGGAGGAAGAGAUGGAGCUGGAGGUGGAGAGAAAGAAACACCCAGGUGAUGCACAAGUGGCAGCAGAAGCUGUUGAUCGCGAGAUCUUGAGGGAUACAGCCCCCGUCAUUGAAGCAGUCAAGUUUAACCGCUGGCAGACAUUCCUGUGCUUCCAGGACGACGAAAUCACGAAAGAAGAAAUUGACAUGUUGAGCGACGCCUGCACCAAGCUGAAGGAGCAGAAGAAACUCCUGACCCUGGAGAAGGAAGAGCUGGAGGAGCUGAAGGAUGAUGUCCAGGAGUACAACGAGGACCUGGAGGAGAUCAAGAAGGAGCUGUCGAAAACUGGCAAGGAAAAGGCGCUGGAGGAGUCCAAGGCCAGCCAGCGAUUAUCCAAGAGAGUGAACCGGAUGAUCGGCCGCAUUGACAAGAUUAUUCUGGAGCUGGAGAAGGACAAAGUCAUCCUGGAUGGACAAAUGGACAGUGGAAGCUCUCCUCCUGUUGGUCUCUUCUACACCUUCAGAGAGAACCUCAUCAGCAUCGACGAGCUCAUCGCCGUCAUGCGGCAGAUCCAGAACAUUCCCGAGCACAAGCUGCAGAGCAUCGCCGAGGCGCUGGACGACAACAAGGACGGCAAGAUCGACAUCGACGACGUCAUCAAGGUGGUGGAGCUGAUCGACAAGGAGGACAUCGACAUCUCCACCACGCAGGUGACCGACAUCAUGGUGAUGCUGCAGAAAGAGGAGAAGCUGAUCGAGAAGGAGAAGGCCAAAGAAAAGGUGGAGAAGGAACAAGCCGCCACGCUCAACCACUAGCAUUCUACUGAAGGACAGUGGCUGCUGGCUCAGCAGGUACCCACGGCCUCCUCCGCAGCUUAGCAUCUUGUCAAUAAAUAAAACAAAAAAAUGCCUUCAAAAGGCCCAAAUUUAAAGUAAUUUUAAAGAUCUUCCACCGGACUGCUCAUGAAGACAAAUAUUUAGUUUUUGUAAUUAUAUUUAAUUAUUUAUUAAGAGGGGAGAAGCAGCAAUAUGUACUGGUGUCUUUAUGUGCUGAAAGGAGCAGCUCACGGAAAGUCGCACCUUGUUGCGCUAAAGAAAACUAUCGUCGGCAAGUGUCUGAGAGACGUUGCCGUGGCACAGUUCAGCGAGAAUCACCGUCAUUCCACCGAAUGUCUCCACUCCUCUGUCUGAGCACCUUCAUUUUCACUCGAUGAUACUUGAAUUUCUGUCCACAAAAGCCACACCGCUGUUGUGUUUAGCGUCUCAUCCUUGCUGCCAUCGUGUUCUCUGUUUCGCCCUGGUUGCUGGGUUUUGUUCAACGCCAAAGCUGCACUGUGGCACAUGCCAAGGCCCCGGUUAUUGAGUGGCCUUUCCUCCGACGUAGUGGGUCAGAACCAGUCCAACUGCAGAUCAUAUCAUGGAUGUGACGAGAUAUAUAUAUAUUUUGGUAUUCACUAUCUUACCGUGUUUGUUUGUAUCAUAGUUUAUAUUAUGACUGGUAUUUCCCCCCAAAACUUCUCAGCUUUAAUUGACAGCAUUUGGAGCAAUUGUACCGAUGCAUGAAGUCAGGCAUCUAUGGAAGAGGAAAAAAAAAAGGCUGCUGAAUUCUGAGAUCCAAGUCAGAAUUCUCUAUGUAACAACACCGACCCUGUGCCCGAGCAGUGGGCAGCGAGCAGGUCCUGGAGCUCCCUGGGAGGAGGACCCACGUCCACCUAACACUUCAGCAAGGCUGUCUCAUAGUUCAGCCUGCGGUUGUGAAGCUAGAAACAUGUAUAUUUUGAUCUAUUUAUCUAUAUUUCUCUCAUCAAGUUUCCCAACAAGAGGCUACAAGCUACAAGAAACCUUGACACCAGCUAGCCGUUCCUUUGUAUGGGUCCACUGAACAUAAGCUUUUUUUCCAAAUUUAGGGUCAGAAAAACCUGAAUGACCUAAGCCCGACUGUGUAAACUCAUCUGUGAGUUGCUAUAAAACGCAGCAUGUUCAGAGCAGAACUGGAGGCUCCUUCAUAUCCGCACGUCUUCAGAGUGAAGCGGCGGCGCUUCUGACCCGUUUUUCACAAACACACGUGCCGGUGCUCCCUCAUCCGCCUCCUCCUCUUCUCACGUCCAGACACGCUCCCAUCGCUGAAUGUCAAACUCGUGUCUUCACUUCUGACCGUCCUGAAACAAGCCGAGCAAUACGAUGCUCUGAAUGUCAAGUGUGAAAUUUGCUGACUCAUGUUCAGUCCCGAGGAUGUCAUUGUUCACAGGAUAUUUAUUUGACCAUGUUGUCGACUGAUGUCGUUUUGGCAGAGCACAGACAUAUUUAUUUCUGCAGGGAGCUUGAGCUGAAGCUUACGCCACAUAAAGCAGCCCGAGUUCUCACUCAAAUAUGAAAUAUAUUGGAUGAUAUAUUGCUGUUGAAGCUUUGCAUGAACAAGGACGCUGAUAUCUUUGGGACAGUUGCAGAGGCAACAGAAUCCUGGGGCCAUGAAUUUGAGUUCAUCCUGGCAAGUGGGACUUGAAUUAAGUUUGCCAGGAUUUAUGACAAUCAAAAUUGAAAUUUGGCUCAUACAUUAUGAUGUUUUCUUUCCUCCAAAUGGUGCGCAGGGGAUUUCAGGUUUUUUUCAUUUGAACUUGAAUUGCAAAUGUAUGUUUUUUUUCUUUUUUAACAUGAAUCAUAUGUAAAGAAAAAUAAUAAAUAAGAAAACACAUGGAUCUGUUGUUGGAUUUCUUUUUCCCCCCUUUUUUCACUCACUGUACUAAGUACGCUGAAAUAUAUAUAGAAAUAAUAUACGAUACAAUAUACAAUUGCAAAAAAAUCUAUGUAUGUUCAUAUUUUUUUCUGUUUUACUGUUACUUUGUUUAUACAUUAUUUGAUGUAUUUUUUAUUUACUUAAUUUUUUGCUGACCCCUGCAGACCAUUUCGUUGGUAUAAAUGAAGUCUAUGACCUUAUGUGUCCCACAAAAAUACAUUGAGACGGACUCAGUUGUCCACACGGUGGAGUGAGUUCAUUCCAGGAUCAAAGUGCGAGUGAAGAAAAGGGACCAGCUGAGCUCCAGGCCGUGCACUAGCAGAGACUCCACAACACAACAGGACAAUGGUCAUGUCAGUUUUUACUCUGGGGGAAAAGGGUUUUGCAAAGUGUAAUUGGUUUCUUUAGAAGAAACGUCAUGUCGUCUUUUCUUUGAAACGCAACACGCGCUGUCAAAGCUGGAAUAAAUUCUGUCGCCGUGCCGCCUGUUUCCUAUUAUUUCUGUUUUUAUCUGCUGUUGUCUGUUUGACAACAUGUGGGCUACAAGCCAGUGGAAAC